UUAACUGGAGUGUGUGUGUGUGUCUUUACUCAAAGGGCUCCGGCUGUUAAACAGCGAUUGAUCCAGAUCGCUUUUAAAGAGCCCUGUUUUUUUUCCCCCUGGAAGCUGUUUACUUUGAAAUCGAAGGUGCUUUGGAUAUAAUUCCAGCCGCUUGGAAUCUGAAACCCCGCUCCCAUGGAUCAUACAAUAUUUAGCUGCCUGCGCAGCUCCCAUGCCCCUGCACAGAACCUGCACCACUUCUCUCAGUCUCCACUGGCUCUCCAUGGAAGAUCAGACCAUGUGGCUUUUCCAGACCUGUCUCCUUCUUCUUGUAUCAUAACGGGAUUUCCUAAUGAAGAAAGCAUGUUUACAGCCCAGCGUCAUCAUCAUCACCUACAUCACCACCACCGAGGCCAUCCCCAGCACCAGCCCCAGCCCCAGGCACCGGCCGCUAGCCAGGCGACAUGGCACAUCCCUCAGAUCUCCUCACCCCCUCCCCUGGCGCGGCACACACUCUGUCUCCAGUCAGAAUCCGGGCCCCCGGAACUGGGCUCCAGCCUGGUGGACAGCAGUCCCAGUUUGACCCCCAGCAACCCGCCCUGUGUGUCGGGGGAUUACGGGAGGCCGGGGGUCACCCCAGUGGAGACAGAGAAAAGGAAUUCCAAGAGGAAAAGUGACGGCUCAGAGACACAAGAAUGCAGCUACAAAGGAGAGAUGAACAGCAAACCCAGAAAGGAAAGAACAGCCUUCACUAAAGAACAAAUUCGGGAAUUGGAAGCUGAGUUUGCUCACCACAACUAUCUGACCAGACUGAGAAGAUAUGAGAUAGCAGUAAAUUUGGAUCUCACUGAAAGACAGGUCAAGGUGUGGUUCCAGAACCGGAGGAUGAAAUGGAAACGUGUUAAGGGAGGCCAACAAGGAGCUGUUGCAAGGGAAAAAGAACUAGUGAACGUGAAGAAAGGGACGUUACUGCCCUCUGAGCUGUCUGGUAUCUCCACAUCAGGAGGUCAUCACGCUGGAGACAUUCUCUCAAAUGAUGAAAGCCAGGACAGUGAUCACAGUACUGAACUGGGCCAUUUGUGAUGUACAAAGAAAGGGAAUGUCUCAACAGAUUCUCAGGAAAGAAAUGGCAUGAGGAGAAUGCAAACAACAUUGUCGUAAAGUCUCUGCGUGAAUGACUCCUUGUGGACAUGAUGCAAACAUCAGAGCCUCUGAACAUUCCAUAUUUGAAAUGACAAUUGGACAGUUUGCAAGUUUAUGCCUUGACUUCCACUGUAAAUAAGAGCAGAAAUUGAUUCAAAGAUACAAAAUAAAUAUCAACAGAAAUUCAACAGAGAAUAACAGGGAAGAUUUAUUUUGUGUAAAUGGUGAAGCAGAAUAAAAAACACAUUUAUGAAGAAUGACUAUUUAAUCUUGCCAAUAGAAGAAAUCCUCAGCCAGUAAUAGGAAAUGUAGCAAUUCAAUAUGAUUGAAAUGUUAAAAUAGUGCUCUAAAAGAGACCAGUAGAGAAAGCAAUCACCUUCCCAUUAUUCUAAUUCAUAGGUGCAAUACAUUUCAAACGUAAAAAUAACUCUUCAGACAGUAGCAACACACAAGACAUUACUAUUACAGGGUUAUCCUAACAUGCAUUUUAAAACCUAAUGAAAUUCGCAAAUAUUCAGUCAGAUCAACAACAUAUUCAAACUCCUAUAGAUUGCUACUCAAGUGAAUGAGAGCAACAUUAAACAGUCACAAUAAAGGUUUAAUGGUUGUCCUGUCAGUAGUAAUUUCAUACACAUCAGAGUUAUUAAUCAGAAGUCAACUGAGUGUUGGAAAUCUUAUCUCCUAUGGCUAAAUAUUAUAAGAUUCUAUCAAGUGAAUACAAAUUGCAUAAUUAGCUAUUAGCAUAUUGUUAAACAGUGUAGUAAAUAUUUCAACUAAUGUUCCCUUUUUCAUUUUACUAAUUCAAAUAGACACUUCUAUUUCAUUCUGUUUGGUCAAAUUCGUUUUGCUUCAGUAAUUAAUCAAUCAAACAAAUAUGUUCAAAAUAAAAUGUAUGAAGUUGGAAAUUUGAAUCAAAAUCAUUAUUUUCAUUGUUGAGUCAUCAGUCUUAGCUAGUACAAUAAAAGCAGUUUCAUCCAAUAUUAUCAAGUUAAUCUAUUGGCAUUCUCCAAUAUUUGAAAAGUUUUUCAAGUACUUCCACAACAUAUAAUGUUGAUAAUGCAAUUUUAUGCACUGAUGUUAAACAGAUUUAGGUUAUGUAAACAUGAUUAUCUAAUAGCAUUCUGAAAUUCCUCAUGGCCCUUUCAUACUUGGAAUUGUUUAGGAGUCACUUUUAAUACAAAAAAUAGAUGCAUUAACCAAAUCUCUCACAUUCUAUUAAGAUGUGAUAAAUUAUUAAAUAAUAUGCAUAUCUAACCCAACCACAUUUCAAUCAGCAUCUUCUCUAUGAUAUUGUAUAUAGUAUAAUGGAAUAAAAUACAAGGUUAUCCCUCAAUCAAAAAUCGAGAACAUAACUCCUGACCUACCAUUAGGUGUCUGGAUAAGAUUUGGAUAACAACUAGACUAUGGAUUUUGUAUGCAAUGCUUAAGGACAGGGUGGACUAGAUGGCUGAAUGUUUUAUCUUCAUUCCUAUAAUGUAUACAAGAAUAAAAGUAACAUGCAGAAAUGUUUACAAAUGCUGUCUGAUUCAGAGAUUAGGUUCCAGUUUUUACCUCACUCCAGCAAGUAUGUUUUAUUAAUGUGUAUGAUAUUUCGUUGAAUUGUCAAAUCAACAAUUUGAAUGUGUUCCUAGUGUGGUUAUGCAUUCCUUCACAGGGCUACAGAUGAAUAGCUUACAAUUUCAGAAUUUCAUGAAAAUUUCAUACACAAUCUAUAUUAUCAUAGUGUCUGUAGUGCCAUCAAUCAAAAUAUAAAAAUAAUUGUAAAUAAUGUUUUAAAUAUAAGGCUUCAUUAAUUGCUUUGUAAAUAUGACUCUAAAUGCAUUGAGUCAAUGAUUAUGUCUUAACUCUCAGAAAGUCUAAUUCACAGUGUGUUCAGCAUUGUAGUAAUGCUGCACUUUAGCCUUCUAAAGUAUAACAUUUAUAAAUGAAAGAAAUAUGUUUUCAGAUAUCUGGAUAUGCAAUCACAGAUAAAAAUUUUGCCCCAGCAGCCUACAAUAUUUAAUAUAACAAAUGAUGAGACAGAAAACAAAAACAUUAUUGCUAUUUCUGUUUUUACAUUCAAGACUUUGGUGUAAGAAUUAGAGGAAUGUAAUAAAUUGGAUUGUCUUCAGAAAAACGUUUCGUAUGCUGAUAUACAGUAUAUGUGAUUACAAUUAAACGACACAACAUGUUAGUGAAGAAAUGGAUGAAAGAAUUGUGGAAAUCUUUUUCUGUUGUCUGUUUCCAAAUAUGAAACUCAAAUCCCUUGGUAGUGCCUCUAAAAUAAUGCUGUUUCUAUCGCAGUACCUACGUUAAGAGUAAAUGGUAAAUUUUCAAUGGGUUUUGAAAUAAUAUAUUAAAAAAACUCCUGCUGGUAUCAAAGCAAAUCUGU